AUGCUGUGGGAGGGGCGCUCGGGGAGGGCCGGCCUGCGCAGGCAGCCCCGCCAACCCCCGGGGCGCUCGGCCCUGCCCUGGACAAGAGCAGGGCCUGGGGGACUUUCGGCAGAAGAUAAGCAGGCAAAUCCCCAGCACCCCGGGGAACAACGGGGCGGGUGUCGUGGAGGCUUAGACCGCGGUGCUGGGACGUGUGAUGGCGAGUCUGCGGCCGUCAGGUUAUGGCUGCUAUUUAAAGCUUUGAAACUGGCCAGGUUUCCAGGAGCAAGUGGAUGCCCAAGAGAGAACUCCACCAUCCGCACCCUGGAGAAGGACGGGCUUUGUGGGCUGGCGGAGGACAAGGAGCUGGAGGAGGAGGGCGGCUGGCAGCCGUGGGCAGGGACAGGGGGAAAGGGCCACAGCCGCAUCCGGGGAGCUCUGCAUGCCUGUCACCCGCUGACAGACGUGAUGGUCUCCGGGGGCUUGGGCAGGGGCCCUCUGGUUGCCAUGUGCAGAGCCCGUGAGGGAAGACCCUGA